AUGCAGCGCAUGGAUAACGUGGACGUCACGACGCCGCUCACGUCGACAUCGCAAUUCAUUGAGGCAGACGACGAUGACCUCGACGAGGAGAACAUCCCUGGGUUUACGCACCCUGGACUGGCCCCAAGUCCGCUCUCGCCUAAUCCUGUGGACAAGGGCAAGGCGCGUGCUCCAGAGCAACUUGCAUCUCCGUCCGGGUCCGGGGGCGCGAACCUGUCCGGGAACAUAGGCGCACCUAUCAAUGGCUCCGCGAGUGGGGGACAGGCCUCGAACCGACGGACAGUAGGCGGUGUGCAAGUGGAGUCGCGGUAUACUGGAGUAGACACCCUUGAUGAGCCCGUCACAACAACUAUCGCACGAGACCUGUUGUCGAUAUACACGAAGCUCGUGCAGGUGCUGUACCCGCCAAAAAGCCGAGGCGACAGGGAUCUUUUGAGGGACUGGGAUUUAUGGGGCCCCUUGGUGCUGUGUUUAAUGCUGGGAAUAAUUCUCAGCAUCAAUGCACCUCCUUCCCAGUCAUUGGGAGUCUUCACCAGUGUGGUCGUGAUCAUAGCAGUAGGGUCCCUGGUGGUGACGGUACAAGCAAAGCUGCUCGGCGGCCGAGUAUCAUUUUUCCAAGGCCUGUGCGUGCUCGGGUACUGCGUCGCACCGCUCAACGUGGCCGCGCUCGUGUCAACUUUCGUGCACUUGAUUUACGUGCGUGCCCCUGUGGCGCUAGCAGCGUGGGCGUGGUGUGUAUGGGGUGCGUUUCUACCAUCUGUCAAUUUCCUGGACGGCACGAAAAUUGAGGCCCAACGGAUCCUUCUGGCCGUAUACCCGCUCUUGUUGUUCUACUUCGUUCUUGCCUGGAUGAUCAUCAUUCAGUAG